AUGACCACUCCUACACUCAUCAACCUCCCUCCGCCUCCAUCGGACCCCGUCACCCCCUCGGAGAUGGGCCCGAGCACUCCCAACUCAGGGACAACCUCUCUCUCCGCGCUGUCCACCGUAGCCAUCAAGGACGGCCACCAGGGAGCUCGCCGACCCCACAGUCACCGGCCACAUCGGUCCUCCUCCAACGCUUCUGAAACGUCCACAACGACUCUUGACGCUGAGCGCGCAGACCGCAUCUCUCGCCUUGCUGGCCUGGAGCGCCUCUCCGCUCGCACGGCUGCAGGUGGCAAUCCUCUUCACGCACACAACUCCAGCGGGCUCUCGCAGGGAGAGUACUUUGACACACAUCCUCAUAUGCUCAAGGAGCGCAGCACAGUCGGCAGUGCUAGUGCGACGGAAAGUAUAAGUCGUGGCAGUCUCGGCGGACGCACACGCACCACCUGGGCCAGCGGAAGCGACGAUGUCUACGGACAAGAUGAAACCAUAGACGAAGAAGACGUCGAUCCAGACGACGCAGAUGCACGCUCUACAGACGCCUUCAGCGACGAAGGAAACGCAAGUCUCGUUGGAUUCGGUGAGGGAGCAAACAGCACCAUCUCGGGACCGAUAUCCACCCCCGUACAACGCCUGGCUGCAGCAGGACUAAGCAGGCAGUCCUCCUCCAUGACGGGCGUCAGUAAUACUGCAGUAGCGGGCUCAAGUCCUACCUCAAGCCGAUUCUCCCACCCAAUCACACACCAGAGCCAGUCUCAGCAGCCACCCCAGUCACCCACAUCUGCACCGGGCUCGCGAGCUACAGCUGCUGUCGACGCUCAAAUGCUUGAUGGGAUGACCUACGAUGAGGACAUAGUCGACACCACUGCCCGGUCGCCUCUACCCGUCAAGAGCGAUGAAGAAGGCCAAUGA